CGCGUGUGCGUCCGCCGUUGUAGUCGUCGGGACCAUGAUUCUCCUUAACUCUGCACGAUGGAUUCGAGGCUCAAAGGCUUGCGAAAUGCCUUGUCAGUUGACAUCGUGAGAAUGGCAAGUUCGUCAUCUGGCCUCUUCAAAUUUUUCCAUGGGUCAUUUGCGCUUGACCCACGGCUACUCGGAGGCUCAUUAACAAAGGCCGAUAUUGAAGAUGUCCGAGAGGUCUUUGAUUUGUUCGAUUUCUGGGAUGGCCAAGACGGUCUAAUUGAUGCUGUCAAGGUGGGGGACCUGCUCCGUUGUUGUGGUCUGAACCCCACCAUUGCACUAACCGUGAAGCACGGAGCCACGCUGAAAAAAGGAGAAAAACAGUACCGGUUCGAUCAAUUCUUGCCCUGUUACGAGGCCAUCUUGAAAGCCAAUGAAGGUGGAAAAUUCUCUGACUACGUAGCAGUCUUCAGGUCUUUCGAUCGAGAAGGUCAAGGCUUCAUCACGGCAGCCGAAAUGCGAAGCGUAUUGACAGGAUAUGGUGAACCCUUGGACGAUAAACAAGUUGAUACGCUUGUCAAACUAAUUGACCUCCAUGAGGACUUUGACGGAAACAUCAAGUACGAAGAUGUCCGAGAGGUCUUUGAUUUGUUCGAUUUCUGGGAUGGCCAAGACGGUCUAAUUGAUGCUGUCAAGGUGGGGGACCUGCUCCGUUGUUGUGGUCUGAACCCCACCAUUGCACUAACCGUGAAGCACGGAGCCACGCUGAAAAAAGGAGAAAAACAGUACCGGUUCGAUCAAUUCUUGCCCUGUUACGAGGCCAUCUUGAAAGCCAAUGAAGGUGGAAAAUUCUCUGACUACGUAGCAGUCUUCAGGUCUUUCGAUCGAGAAGGUCAAGGCUUCAUCACGGCAGCCGAAAUGCGAAGCGUAUUGACAGGAUAU